AUGGACUCACUUGUUUGUGUUUCUGGGGUCAAGACUUCUGAUGUUCCAGAGGCCAUAUUGCCAGAGCCUUUUAGCAAAAGAAGUCAGAGACCUGUCCUGAAGCAAUUGUCUGCAGAUUAUUUGACAGAACCUCAACCAGCUUCAAAUGAAACUGAGCUGUUGUCAGAAAAAGUAUGUCUGUAUCCAUAUAUCAGCAGACACUUUUCGCGGAAUAAUAUUGUUUCUGAAACAGAAAAAGCACAAGUCUUAUGUUCUCCACUACCUCUGCCAUCAGCUGAUGGUAUGAAUAACCAAGGUAUUAAGGAUGGGCUGCAGAAACAGUUUCUUGUUCUGUCUCAUGAUCCUGAGCAAGACAUAAAAAAUUGGAAGCCGAAAGAACCGUGCUCCAAACCUAGUAUUAUUGACCACUCAAUACAUCUGAACCAUCCUCAGCCUCCUAUUGGUUCUAGUGUACCUGAUAGCCCUCUUGUGAAGCUCACCUCAUCUGCCAAUAGUUUGAUGGUAGAAACUCCUCAACCAUUGCCACCAAGGAGAUCAAUGCCCAGUUGUGAUGCCAAGCAUGAGACCUUGGACACCCAAAAAUCAACAUCUUGUAAUAAGCCUGCAAAAAGAGUUCUUGACUUCUCAGACCUAGAAGGUGAUAAAAGUGCAGUGGACUCCACUGUAGAUGAGUCAACAGGCUACAAAAUUGUACACCAAGACAUCCCUAAAGCUACAGGAAAAACUGUCGAAGAUAGACACCUCACUUGUUCUCCAGCAUCGCAAGAGGUAAAACGUGUCCUUGGUUUCUCAAAUGAGGAUUGCAAGAAGACUCAAACAAGCUCAUCAAUGCGCCUGCAGAUGUCUACUCGCCUAGCUGAAAUUGUUACUCUAAUUUAUGGUGUUUUGAAGUCUUUUAACUGGUCUUCUAUCACCAAAGAGGAGCUUGUGCACAAGAUAAUUAUGAAUAGUCUUGAUGUUGUUGAAAGGAAAGAAGUUGAAGAACAGUUUGAGCUUCUUGAAAGGCAUGUUCCAGAUUGGAUCCAGAGCAAGUUGCUUUCUAGUGGGGAUAUUAUGUACACCGUCAAGAAGGUUCCAAAUUUGGACUCAGUUCUGUCAAAGCUUAAGCAUCAGAUAGUUUCAGACCAAAAGGUGGAAGCAUCUGAGGGAUGA